AUGGCAAAUUGCAGAGCUUUGUCUUGGAGUAAAGAAACCUAUGAGGGACGGAUAGUAGAUUGCAGCGUGCAAAUCCAAGUGGAGGAAAAAGAAGAUGACUCUGAGGAAAGCUCAAGCGAAGAAGAAGAGGAGGAGGAAGAUAAACUACCCCGAAGAGAAAGUUUGAGACCAAAGAGGAAGCGGACCAGAGAUGUUAUCAAUGAGGAUGAUCCAGAGCCUGAGCCAGAAGAUGAGGAAACGAGGAAGGCGAGAGAAAAGGAGAGGAGAAGGAGGCUGAAGAGAGGCGCGGAAGAAGAAGAAGAAAUCGAUGAAGAGGAAUUAGAACGACUGAAGGCAGAGUUGGAUGAGAACAGACAGAUGAUUGCCAAUGUCAAAUGCAAGCCUUGGAAAAUGGAGAAGAAAAUUGAAGUUCUCAAGGAAGCAAAAAAAUUUGUAAGUGAAAAUGAAGGGGCUCUUGGGAAAGGAAAAGGAAAGAAGUGGUUUGCCUUUAAGAUGAUGAUGGCCAAGAAAUGGGCAAAAUUUCUCCGUGAUUUCGAGAACUUUAAAGCCGCUUGUGUUCCAUGGGAAAAUAAAAUCAAGGCAAUUGAAAGCCAGUUUGGAUCAUCCGUGGCUUCGUAUUUCCUCUUUUUGAGAUGGAUGUAUGGAGUAAAUAUGGUUCUCUUUGUCCUGACAUUCAGCCUCAUCAUGCUGCCAGAGUACCUCUGGGGUUUGCCAUAUGGCAGUUUACCUAGGAAAACGGUUCCCAGAGCUGAAGAGGCAUCUGCAGCCAACUUUGGUGUACUCUAUGACUUCAACGGCUUGGCACAAUAUUCUGUCCUUUUCUACGGGUACUACGACAAUCGGCGCACCAUUGGAUGGAUGAACUUCCGGUUGCCGCUCUCCUAUUUUCUGGUGGGCAUUAUGUGCAUUGGAUACAGCUUUGUGGUUGUCCUCAAAGCAAUGACCCAAAAUAUUGGUGACGAUGGAGGUGGUGAUGACAACACUUUCAAAUUCAGCUGGAUGAUAUUCACGAGCUGGGACUACCUAAUUGGCAAUCCUGAAACAGCAGACAACAAAUUUAAUUCUAUCACAAUGAACUUUAAGGAAGCUAUAAUAGAAGAAAAAGCAGCCCAAGUAGAAGAAAACAUUCACUUGAUCAGAUUCCUGAGGUUCCUUGCUAACUUCUUCGUGUUUCUGACACUUGCUGGGAGUGGAUACCUCAUCUUCUGGGCUGUGAAGCGAUCCCAGGAGUUUGCACAGCAAGAUCCUGACACCCUUGGGUGGUGGGAGAAAAACGAAAUGAACAUGGUUAUGUCUCUUCUGGGGAUGUUCUGUCCAACUCUGUUUGACUUAUUUGCUGAAUUGGAGGACUACCACCCCCUCAUUGCUCUGAAAUGGCUCUUGGGACGCAUUUUUGCUCUUCUUUUGGGGAACUUGUAUGUGUUUAUUCUUGCCUUGAUGGAUGAGAUUAACAACAAGAUUGAAGAGGAGAAGCUGGUUAAGGCCAAUAUUACCCUCUGGGAAGCCAACAUGAUUAAGGCCUACAAUGAGUCCCUCUCUGGAAAUAGCACUGGACCACCUUUUUUUGUUCACCCAGCAGAUGUACCUCGAGGACCCUGCUGGGAAACAAUGGUUGGACAGGAAUUUGUGCGGCUGACUGUUUCUGAUGUUCUGACCACCUACGUCACGAUCCUCAUCGGGGAUUUCCUCAGGGCUUGUUUUGUUCGGUUUUGCAACUAUUGCUGGUGCUGGGAUUUGGAAUAUGGAUACCCCUCAUACACAGAAUUUGACAUCAGUGGCAACGUCCUCGCUCUGAUCUUCAAUCAAGGCAUGAUCUGGAUGGGCUCCUUCUACGCUCCCUGCCUCCCAGGCAUCAACAUCCUUCGACUACACACAUCUAUGUACUUCCAGUGUUGGGCUGUGAUGUGCUGCAACGUUCCGGAGGCCAGAGUCUUCAAAGCUUCCAGAUCAAACAAUUUCUACCUGGGCAUGCUGUUGCUCAUCCUCUUCCUCUCCACCAUGCCUGUCCUGUACAUGAUCGUAUCCCUGCCACCGUCGUUUGAUUGCGGCCCUUUCAGCGGCAAAAAUCGGAUGUUUGAAGUCAUUGGAGAGACGUUGGAGAAUGAUUUCCCCAGCUGGAUGGCGAAGAUCUUGAGACAGCUGUCCAACCCGGGACUGGUCAUCGCUGUCGUGUUGGUGAUGGCUUUGACCAUCUAUUAUCUCAAUGCUACUGCCAAGGGCCAGAAGGCAGCAAAUCUGGAUCUUAAAAAGAAGAUGAAAAUGCAAGCUUUGGAGAACAAAAUGCGAAACAAGAAAAUGGCAGCUGCACGAGCAGAAUGUAACCAGGACUGA